AUGCAAACCUCGGCCUUUGAACCGGAUGAUAUGCUGCGGAGGGGCGGCAUCCUUUCAUCGCUGAUUAAUUUCAAGAAAAAGGUGCCCCGAUUUUCACAAGCUUUUCGUCAGUCGUCAACGGAACAGGCGCCAUGCUCGAGCAGGACAGUGCAGCCGAAUUGUCCGCUUCCGGAGCAAGUUUUGGUGCAACAACAGCAGGAGGAACAAGUCCGGUUGCCAUCGAUCCAACUCUCAUCAGAAGAGCGCACGCCGUUUGAUAUUUACCGGGAGAUCGUGUCUGAGGUCGAGCACUUUGAGAGAAGCUCCACGGCGACGCCACUCUCGGAAUUCGCUCACUCGCCCACCCCGCUUUCCCCACCGGGUGACAUGAUGCAACAGGGAUUCCCGACGGGACCUCAAUUCGGAGAUUUUACUCAUCUACUACCCCCGGAUCAUCCGAGCUUGGAUCCGAAUGCAUGGAGCAAUCAGACCUAUCAGCAGUGCCCGUUUAUGCAGCAGGUGACCUCUUUGGAUGCCCCGCCCGCAUACCCUGGAAUUGGCACCGCGCCGCCAUCGAUGCCACUCACCCACUUCGACUAUCCACCACCUCCACCUCAAAUCAAUAAUUGGCCCCAGCUGCCGAUGCCGAUGAAGAUGCCGCUGGAGACGAAGCUAAUAAACGCGCUGCAAACGCAAGCAACUAUGGAGGAAUUUGUUCGUCUAGUCGUUAGUGCCGUUAAGAAGGAGGAGGAUGGUUCGAACGAGGAGAGUCCUGAAGAGAUUUUGAGGCGGAAACGGAAUCAGAACAACGCCGCCGCAGCCCGCUACCGUAAGCGACAACGCGAAGCCAAGAUGAACGCUGGUGACGAGCUUCAAGAGCUCGUGGACAAGAAUUCCGAUCUGAAGAGCCAAGUGGAGCGCAUGCAGCUGGAGAUCGAGCUUUUGAAGCGGGCUGUCUGGGCCAGAAUGUUAGCUGCUAAAUAUGAAAUUCCUCUUUUCUUAAAUUGCUUACUGUAUCUGUACAAACAC